AUGGGAGACAAUAUUAAAAUUCGUUAUGAUCUCGUAUAUUCGAUAUACAACAAAGCGGAAAUUCUUAGGGAUCAAGAUACCUAUAAAACAGCCGAAGAAAUAUUUGAAUUUGUGAUAGGAAAGGUACCCAAAGAUAACGCCCUUACUAAAAAAGAAGAGAGCUAUUUGCUUCGGGUAAUACAAAAAAGUUUUGACGAUGAAAGCGUCAGAAAUAAACGUGGAAACAAAAGACAAUGUCGUUAUUGUGAGGAAUGGACUUAUGCAGCUCACCACUGCGUGCAUUGUAUUCGAGAAUAUUUAAGAAAUAAUUUUCAAAAUUGGACUUCCGGAAAUGCAGAAGUCGAUGCGUUAAUUCAAGAAUGUCAAAAUUCUACAAUUCGGCCUAGUUUUGUUAUUGAAUGGAUACCAUACAAAAAUUUUAGUGAGGUGGAGUAUAAAAAAAGAGGAGGUUGCGCUUCCAUAUUCAAAGCAGUGUGGAGGGAUGGACCAUAUGAUAAAUGGAAUUCUGAAAAACAAGAAAUCGAAAGAAAAGGAUUAAUAGAA